AUGGCGGCGGGCAAGCGUGUGGCGGGCAGACCAAUCUGGCCGCAGCCGCCGCGCCGCCGUGCCGCCAGAAAAGUCCAUCUGCCUUUCGACGUUCACUUCUCCCAUCCAUCCCACCGCCGCCGAAGAUGCAGCGCCGCAUCGCCUCCACACACGUCUAUCUGCCUGCCGACGUCUCCCAGCCAUUCCGCCGCCGUCGCCGAGCCUCCACAUACGCUCCUCUGCCCGCCGUCGUCCACUUACAACAGCCCGUCCGCCGUCUCCGAUAGCACCGCGCAGCCGCACCUGCCCACCGCCGUCCACUUCCUACAGCCCCGCCUGCCCUCACCAAUGUUCGCCGGUUGCUGCUUCAAGAAAGAUACCGGCGAGCCUCUGCGUUGA